AUGCAAUCUCUCAAGCAGUCAACAUUUGAGUAUAUGUCUUUCAUGGACAUGAAAAUCGGCCAAGCCAGUGCUGCCAAACAGAAGAAUGAGUUUGAGCUGUUGAGUGCGAAAUUGGCACAACCAAAAAUGUGGACCAGGAGUACUAAAUAUCUUCGUGCUUCAUCAGAAAGAGAGUCUUUUCUUUUGGAGAUUAACAAAGUCGAGGAUGAAUUGAAAGAAAUCUCCUCUGAAAUUAUGGUCGAAGACUCUUUGAUGAUAAUCUUGGCUGCAGAGAUGAAGGAGCUUCAAGCGAAGAUGAAAGACUGUAGGGCGAGGAUGGCUGCUAAAAAGCGCAAUGCUUCUCAAAGAUUUGAACGAGCCAAAUCUUUGGUUGAGCAGUACAAAAAACUGGAGGUUGAUGAUGAUUUUGUAACUGACUUGGACGUCGCUUCUUCUCAACAGAGCGAGGAUUGGGGGAGACUUCGGGAAAGAAUACGUUCAGCUUGGAGCGAAUUGUAA